UUUUUCACUAAAAAUGCUCAAAAAAACAACAUCUGCAACAAGAGACGAAUCUCUCCAUUGCGGGGUUAAAACUAUCCAAUGUGUUGGUUUUAAUCGCAAAAAAGUGUGGCCGGCUAAAGAGGGGACAAGCAAUGCAGAAUCUAAACUUAGAGAUAGCCUGAGCUUGUCAUAUGUGGAGCAUUAUUUAACAUUAGAGGAAUUGAGGGACAUUCAUCCCGAUUCUUUCAUUGAUUUGAAUGCACCUGAGAAAAGUGAUGGAUUGUCUAGUGAAGAGGCUAAGAAGCGAUUAAAAGAUGGAGGUGCCAAUGUUUUAGCCCCGCCAAAAAGAAUCUCUAAUUUAAAAUUAUUUGCCAAACAAUUCCUAUAUAAAUUUUGGUUGCUCUUGAUGGGAGCGGCACUUUGUACAAUAUUUACUUAUUUUAUUCAUUUAUAUCACGGAACAGAAGAAUUACUAAAUCUUUAUUGUGCCUUUACUUUAAUUGCUGUUGUUCUGAUUAUGAGUUUUCUAAGUUUUUGGCAAGAAAAGAAAGCAAUGAGGGUUGUUUAUGAUUUUGCCCAACAUAUGCCUCAUAAUUGUUCUAUUAUUCGGGAUUGCGAAGAAAAACAAAUUCCUUCAGAUGAAUUGGUUGUUGGGGAUAUUGUUAUAAUUAGAUCUGGUCAACAAGUCCCUGCUGAUAUCCGAAUUUUACAAUCAAACGGAGUCAAAAUAGAAUCAUCAGCAAUUAAUGGAGAGCCCCAAGCCGUUGAUUACACAAACGAACCGGCGGCUAAACAUGUUGCUCUUUUUGAUGCAAGAAAUGUAAUUCUUAGAGGUUGUUAUUGUACGGAGGGGGAGGCUAUUGGAUUGAUGUUGGGUAAUUUUACACAUUUACAAUCGACUGUUAAAUUGACAGAAACUUUACUACAAAAAGAAAUUGCAAAAUUUGUUCAGUUUAUUUCAAUUAUUGCUCUUUCAAUGGGGGUUAUUUUCUUUUUAAUUGGCUGCGUUGUUACAAGAUUUGAUAAUGUUCUUUACCAUUUUGUUACCGGAUUUCUUAUUAUAAUUGUAGCUAAUGUGCCCCAAGGCUUGCCAGCAAUGUUAAUGUUUAUUAAAAAAUUGGAUAUAAUUGAUGAAUUGGGGGCAGCAACGGUUAUUGCUACAGACAAGACUGGCACAUUAACACAAAAUUUGAUGAUACUUACAGAUAUGUGGUACAAUCGAAGGUAUUUUUCAGUACACGGAGAAUUGAAACAUACCCACAUGAAAGUGCUUAAACAUGCAGCUCAACGAAAAGAAUUGGAAAGGCCCUUACCUGAAUUAUUGGCAGUUAUGUGUAUGUGCAAUAAGGCCCAUUUUGAACGUACACGACGUUCUAUGCGUCGUGUAUGUACACAAAUGGCUUUAGAAAAAGAAUUGAGAGAACAAAAAAUUGUUGCUCGCCAAACUAAAACAUUUCGUGUUGUAGACCAAACUGGACAUGAAUCUGUUCGGGUACCUUCAACAAACGAUCUUUGUAAAAUGGAGGCAACUCUAACGGGCGAGGGAAUGGAAGAGGACCCAGAAAGGUGGCCAAAGGCUCGAAAACGUACAAAUGAUUUGAUUGGCUCGCCUUCUGAGGUUGCGUUGCUUCGUUAUGUGGAAAUGGUUGCUAGUGUGGAAGGAAUUCGAAAUAGAUAUAAGUUAAUGUUGGAAAUUCCAUUCAAUUCUGUUAGGAGAUGGCAAUUAGUUGUGGUUAAAUGUCUUGUUAGUACUUUAAGUAGCGGAGUGAGUGCUGGAACGCCUGAAAAGAGACCUCAAUUCAGUCGUUUCUUGACUCCAUCACCAACUACAGAACAUUCGGAAACAUCAGAAAAUGGGGAGAAUAAAAGCCAGCAUUCUCCACCCUCACAAAGUGCGGAAACUGAUUUUUCAGUUAUGAUUAAAGGAGCGCCUGAAGUGAUAUUGAGCCUUUGUUCCGAUGUUUUAAUGGCAAACGAACUCAAACCAAUUGAUGAACAAUUUCGACAUGAUUGCCAAGCUGCUUGGGAUCAUUUUGGUUCGGAAGGUCGUCGAGUUUUUGCUUUUGCUCAUCGUCAAUUUAGAGCUCCAGGGAAUACAAAGUUUUCUGCACAGUCGGAGAACUAUCCCAAAAAUGGCCUGACAUUUCUUGGAAUGGCUGCAAUGAUGGAUCCACCAAGAAACGAAACGGCCGCCGCAAUUCAACAAUGCAAAGAUGCCGGCAUUAAAGUUUUUAUGAUUACUGGCGAUCAUCCAAGUGCAGCUAGUGCAAUUGCUUCUCAAAUUGGGUUAACAACGACUAAAAAUGAGGUUAGGUCCCGAGGUAAUCAACAAAUAAAAUUAAGUCUCGAUCCGAGUCCCCAAAUUGACUGGGCAAUUGUUCUAGGCGAAUCACUGGCUGAAAUGAGCGUGGAAGAAUGGGAUCGAUUAUUAACCCACAAAUAUAUUGUUUUUGCGAGAACAACACCUGAACAAAAACUUUUAAUUGUGGAACAGUGCCAAAAGCGAGGAGAAACAGUUGCCGUCACCGGUGGAGGUGUUAAUGAUGCCCCAGCGCUGGCAAAGGCAAAUAUAGGAAUAGCUAUGGGUGUUAAUGGAAGUGAUAUUGCUAGAAGAGCUGCGGACAUAGUUUUAACAGACGACAAUUUUGCUUCGAUUGUGAAGGGUAUUGAAGAGGGCCGAUUGUUAUUUGACAAUUUAAGACUUUCUAUUGCCUAUACAUUGGCUCACCUUUGGCCUGAAAUUUUAAGUAUUGAUUUGGCUAGUGAACUUCCCCCGGCUAUUUCGUUGGCUUAUGAAAGUCCUGAAAGAGAUAUUAUGAAAGUUCCUCCUCGCAAUCGAAAUACAGAAUUAGUUUCGAGUAGAUUAUUGUUAUACUCAUACCUUUUCUCUGGCACUUUUAUAACAAUUGGGUGUGUUGCUUCUUAUUUGAGUGUUUAUUGGUAA